CUGUUGUUAUAUUUCAACUACUUUAGUUUAAAUUUUUUAUUAUUAUUAUUAUUAGUAGUAGUAGUAGUAGUAGUAGUACUACUGCUACUACUACUACUACUACAAGUGGUAGUAGUAGUAGUAGUAUCAAAACAGAAGGGGCGCACUAUGGAAACUGUGGGACAAGGAGAAAGUGUAGUAAAAUGAUAAGUCAUGCUAUUUUAAAAUGUAGGUCGAAGCAAUCUCCAGAUUAGGUAAAGAGAAUUAGCCAAUGAGGUGGCUAAUGAGUGGCUCCAGUCCUCUGUUAUUUUCACUUCCCACGGAGAUGGGUUAAUAGAUUACGUUUUCUGUUGGAGUUGAAAAAAAAUAUGCAUGUCUCGCUGCAGGCUUACGAAUGAGUGUCGGUUUUCAGACUUUGUCUAAAAUGUAGGCUAAUGCCAUUUUUACUGUGUCCCCCUUUCACUUUUAUCAGUGUCAGGUGAACCGAGGGGCGUGACGGUUUGGCAUGCGCUCUCUCCCCACCAUUAGUACCUUUGCUCACUCGACCGCUCCCGACUUUUGGCACGGUUUUGUUAAAUACCGUGAAACUUAGGUAAACUUUGUAGCCUGUCUGCAUCUUCAGUUCACCAUGGCUCUCCAAGCCACCGCUCUGGUCACCUCUAAGUGGCUGGCUCGGGCUGUAAAGGUCCAGGGGAAAAUGCGGGUCUUGGACACUUCGUGGUAUUUACCCAAACUGCGGAGAAACGCAAAGAGCGAGUUCAAGAAGAAGCACGUGCCGGGAGCAGCUUUCUUUGACAUUGACCAGUGCUGCGAUAAAACCUCUCCUCUGGACCAUAUGUUGCCGUCAGAGGACUAUUUUGCGGAAUACGUCGGGAAAUUGGGAAUAGAAAACGACACGCACGUCGUGGUCUACGAUGGCAGCGAGUUCGGGGCGUUCUCGGCGCCCCGUGUGUGGUGGAUGUUCCGGGUGUUUGGGCACAGUGCGGUCUCUAUGCUCAAUGGGGGGCUCAGGAACUGGGAGCUGGAGGGUCGACCUGUGAGUGACCGGUACGUCAGACCCACAGCGACCGAGUUCAAAGCCUCUCUGAACCGCUCGUGGAUUAAAACCUACGAGGAUAUCCUGGAUAACCUGGAGACUAAAGAGUUCCAGGUGGUGGAUGCCAGGCCCACAGGCAGGUUCAAAGGACUGGACCCUGAACCCAGAGACAACACAGAGCCGGGCCACAUCCCUGGCUCCAUCAGCAUUCCUUUCCACUCCUUCCUGUCACCUUCUGGUCACUUCCUGCCAAAGGAACAACUCCAGGCUCUGUUCGCCCGUGCUGGUGUGGAUCUCGACCGCCCGCUUUGUGUCUUAUGCGGCUCUGCAGUGACCGCGUGCCACGUGGCGGUGGCGGCCCACGAGUGUGCACCCGGGGUGUCAGUGUACGACGGUGGGUGGUCGGAGUGGUACACCCGCGCCGUGCCCGAGCACGUCAUAUCAGAUGGCAGAGGGAAACAUUUGUGAUAACAGGAAGGACCUGGGACCGAUGGUUUUAGGCUGGAUCACUUGUGCUGUUGUUGCUGUUGUAGUUUGGCCAUUUGGGAUUUGUAUGACUUCCUCCUGUGAAGUCACAGCCAGCAGCAGGUUAGCAAAA